GAUUGUGAAGUGUCACUGUAGGUGUAUUUAAAAUGGUUAACCCUACAUCCGUAUUGUAACUCUAUACGACGGCAGUACUAUAACAUUGCGUUGUAGUUUUACAUUGUGUUUUCAGCGGGCACGACUGUGUGUGACACCGCGAUUACAUCCUGCACGGUCUGUUCAAGAUCACUGCCAAAUGAAGGGGGCGGUCAAACCGAAAGAGCACAGGGUACAAGCAAGCAAUUGAACUGUAAAUGAUUAAAGCAGGGCUAACAAUUCGCUUCUGAACAACGUACAACAACCCAGCGACCGCCUCGUCUUGUGUUUUGAGCCGGCUGUAUUGUUUGGUAUUGUAAUAGCGGUGAGUUCGUGUGCCCAGCAGGCUGUGGGCAUGGCUAGCUUGCGAGCUCUCCCGAUGAAUGCAGUGUUCAGUAAAUCGGGAACACUUCCGUACCUCGCCUGUGCGUUUGCAGCGCCUGGUUCGUGCAUGCGAAGACAUGGAUACAGCACGAAAAGUAAAGAUGAGACAGCAGAUACACUGCACAGGAGCAUCGUCCCGACCAUGCACUACCAGAAGAGCUUGCCCAGGUUGCCUGUUCCAAAGCUGGAAGACACGAUUAGACGAUACCUUGCAGCCCAGAGACCGCUCCUGGACGAUGAACAGUACAGUAAGACUGAGCAGCUGGCUCAGAGUUUACAGAGUGGUGCUGCCAAGGAGCUCCAUGAAGAACUGGUCUCUCAGGACAAGAAGAACAAGCACACCAGUUACAUAUCCGGUCCUUGGUUCGACAUGUACCUGUCAGCUCGCGAGUCAGUGGUGCUGAACUUUAACCCCUUCAUGUCCUUCAACCCUGACCCUAAGCCCGAGUACAACGAGCAGCUGUUGCGAGCCACUAACAUGGUGGUGUCGGCCGUGCGCUUCAUGAAGACGCUGCGCAGCGGCCUGCUGGAGCCCGAGGUCUUCCACCUGAACCCGGCUAGGAGCGACACCGACAGCUUCAAGCGGCUCAUCCGCUACGUGCCGGCCUCCCUGUCCUGGUACGGGGCCUACAUGGUCAACGCCUACCCCCUGGACAUGUCUCAGUAUUACCGGCUCUUCAACUCGUCCCGCAUCCCCAAGGAGGGCCGCGACGAGCUCUUCACAGACCAGAGGGCCAGGCACCUGCUGGUCAUGCGGAAGGGUCACUUGUAUGUCUUUGAUGUCCUGGACCAAGACGGGAAUUUGGUGAAGCCGGGAAAGAUCCAAGCCCACCUGAAGUUCAUCCUCUCUGACCCCACCCCGGCCCCAGCUUUCCCCCUGGGUUUUCUGACCAGUGAGGACCGUAACGUCUGGGCUGGGCUUAGGCAGAAGCUCUUGGAUGCUGGCAACCAGGAGGCCCUGAGGAAAGUGGACAGCGCCCUCUUCUGCCUGUGCUUGGACGAUGAAGCCAUGAAGGACCAUAUCCACACCUCGCACAACAUGCUGCACGGCGAUGGGCAGAACCGCUGGUUCGACAAAUCGUUCAGCAUCAUCCUGGCACGCGACGGGACGGCUGCCAUCAAUUUCGAGCAUUCUUGGGGGGACGGUGUGGCGGUUCUGCGCUUCCAGAAUGAGGUUUUCAAGGACACUACCGAGCGGCCAGCGGUCAACCCGAGCUCCCAUCCGGCAGUGGACGCCGAUUCUUCAUCCGCAGUCCAGAGACUCGACUUCCGUCUGGACGCGGCUCUCCGGGAUGGGGUCAGCACAGCCAAGGAGCACUUCCAGGCGGCCGUCUCCAAGCUGACUAUUGCCGCCAUGGAGUUUCAGAAAGGGGGCAAGGAGACUCUGAAGAAGAAGAAGGUGAGCCCGGAUGCCGUGGCCCAGCUGGCCUUCCAGAUGGGCUUUCUGCGACAGUAUGGUCAGACAGUGGCCACCUACGAGUCCUGCAGCACGGCCGCCUUCAAGCAUGGCCGCACCGAGACGAUCCGACCAGCGUCUAUCCAUACCAAGCAAUGUAGCCACGCCUUCGUCAGGGAGCCGGGCAAGCACAGCGUGGAUGAACUGCGCAAGAUGGUGGAGCAGUGCUCCAAAUACCACGGGCAGCUGACCAGGGAGGCCGCCAUGGGCCAAGGGUUUGACCGGCACCUCUUUGCAAUGCGCUACUUGGCCAACUCCAAGGGUCAGGCCCUGCCAGCUUUUUACCAGGACCCGGCUUACGCAGCCAUUAACCACAACAUCCUGUCCACCAGCACGCUGACCAGCCCCGCGGUCAGCCUGGGCGGCUUCGCUCCGGUGGUCCCCGACGGCUUCGGGGUGGGCUACGGCGUGCACGACCACUGGAUCGGCUGCAGCGUCUCCAGCUACCCGUCCCGCGACGUGCAUGAGUUCCUGCAGUGCGUGCGCAAGUCCCUGGAGGACAUCUUCACUGUGCUGGAGGGGAAGCCCAUCGGCAGCUAGAUCCACUGCCUGAGAGCUGUGAACACACGCCGGCACAGGGAUGGAAAUAAGACUCCUAUUGCAGAGCAGUUUCACCCAUUCCAGGUUUUACUACCAGC